GGUGUUGUCUACGAGCUGGAGGGUGUGUGCGUUCCCGCAGCAACAGGGAAGAUGGCAGCUCUCACAUCUCUCACCCAGCUGUCAAGUGGGAACCCUGUGUACGAGAACUUUUAUAGACAGGUGGACCCAGGAAACACGGGGAGAGUAGGGCCCACGGAAGCUGCGUUGUUCCUAAAGAAAUCUGGCCUUCCUGAUGUCACCUUGGGAAAGAUCUGGGAUUUGGCAGACCCAGAUGGGAAAGGGUUCUUGGACAAACAGGGGUUCUAUGUAGCUCUGCGGUUGGUGGCCUGUGCACAGAGUGGACAAGACGUCAGCCUCACCAGUCUGAACCUCACUAUCCCUCCCCCAAAAUUUAAGGACACUAGCAGCCCAUCGCUCAGCACAUCAUCAGUCUCUAGUGAACCCCACUGGGCUGUGAGGCCCGAAGAAAAGGGUAAAUUCGAUGGGAUAUUUGAAAGUCUUGCACCUGUCAGUGGACUGCUCUCUGGUGACAAAGUAAAACCAGUUCUAAUCAACUCAAAACUACCUCUGGACGUGUUAGGUAAAGUUUGGGAUCUUAGUGACAUUGAUAAAGAUGGACAUCUGGAUCGAGAUGAGUUUGCAGUGGCCAUGCACCUGGUCUAUCGGGCCCUGGAGAAGGAGCCGGUCCCCUCUGUUCUCCCCUCCUCUCUCAUCCCUCCUAACAAGAGGAAGAAGUCUCUGGUAGGCUCCCACUCUGGCACAGUGCCUGUGCUGCCUGCCAGCUCCCCGCCCCCCAAGGACAGCCUGCGCUCCACCCCUUCCCACGGCAGCAUGAACUCCCUCAACAGUGCUGGCAGCCUCUCCCCCAAACACACACUCAAAUCUGCACAGCACUCAGUGAACUGGGUAGUCCCGGUGACAGACAGAGGGCGCUUUGAUGAAAUCUUCCUGAAGACAGACUUGGAUCUGGAUGGCUUUGUCAGCGGUAUGGAAGUCAAGGACAUCUUCAUGCACUCAGGGCUGCCGCAGAACCUACUGGCACAUAUAUGGGCCCUGGCAGACACCAGGCAGAUGGGGAAGCUGACGCGGGAGCAGUUUGCUCUGGCCAUGCACUUCAUCCAGCAGAAAGUCAGCAAAGGCAUGGACCCUCCUCAGGCCCUGACCCCUGACAUGAUCCCCCCUUCAGAGAGGGGCACUCCCGUUCCAGUGUGUACCACUCCCUCCCAUAGUAUGUCUGGGUAUGUGACCCCUGUGAGCUCUGAGAUGGCUGCUCUGUCUGAGAUGAGGCGGCAAAUAAUGUUCAAGUUCUGGGACAGCUCCAGUUCUGUGGGGUCAGGGUCAGAGUUCACUGGAAUCAAGGAGCUUGAUGACAUCAGUCAAGAGAUCGCUCAGCUGCAGAGCAAUCUUGCUUUUACACACUGGAAUGCACUCAGGGAGAAAUUCACCCUGGAGCAGGACAUCAGAGAGACUGAGGAGGCCAUCAGACACAAGUCCUCAGAGGUGCAGGAGAUGCAGAACGACCUGGACAGAGAGACGUGCUGUCUGCAGGAGCUGGAGGCCCAGAAGCAGGAUGCCCAGGAGCGGCUGGAGGAGAUGGACCAGCAGAAGACCAAGCUGGAGGACAUGCUCAACGACGUCAGGAUCCAGUGCAAGGAGGAGUCCCAAAUGAUCUCGUCUCUGCAGAACCAGAUCCACUCCCAGGAGACGGACCUGCAGAGCCAGGAGGAGGAACUGAGCCGGGCUAAGGCAGACCUGAACCGGCUGCAGCUGGAGGAGAGCCAGAUGGAACAGAGCCUGACUGCUGGCAAGUUCCAGCUGGAGACCAUCAUCAAGUCCCUCAAAGCUACCCAGGAUGAGAUCAACCAGGCUCGCAGUAAGCUGUCUCAGAUCCAGGACAGCCAGCAGGAGAUGAAUAAGAGCAUUGAGCAGUACAACAGCACCUUGAACGGGACCCACAGAGGCAGCAUGACCAACCUGGCUGACAUGAGCGAGGGAUUCCCCGACCGCGAGAAUGGAGGCUUCGGAGCCAUGGAGGACCCGUUCAAGGUGAAGACAUCUGGGUUCAAUAGCGUCCCUCAGGAGAUGCACACAGACCCCUUCCACUCCGAAGACCCCUUCAAGACAGACCCCUUCAAGACAGACCCCUUCAAGACAGACCCCUUCAAAAGUGACCCCUUCCAAAAUGACCCUUUUGCAAAGCAGUCAUCACUACCAGCCGCUGCAGAUCUUUCUCUCCACCCAGACCCCUUUGGGGGGGACCCCUUCAAAGAGACGGACCCCUUCAAGGCCUCGUCGGAAGACUUCUUCAAGAAGACCACCAUCAAGGCAGACCCCUUCAGCACCCCUGACCCCUUCAGUAAAAGUGCCACCCUCCCCACCAAGACUAGUAAUUUUACAAGCAGCGCAGACCCUUUCAUAUCCAUUAGCCCAAAACCCAGCAGAGGCCCAGGACCAGAUCUCUUUGGCACUCUGGACCCCUUUGGAAGCAGCACUGCUUUUGGAGGCAGUAACAGCUCAUUUGGCAGUAUCAGUAACAGUGGGUUUGCAGACUUCAGCCAAAUGUCAAAGGUCAGAGACCCAAUGAAAGGAAGAGGAGGUUUCCCAGAAUACCAGCAGUCGGGGUUUGUGGAGGACCCCUUCAGUAGGAAGCAGGACGGCCCAGCUCUGCCGCCCAAGAUGGGUGUUCCCCCCAGACCCAAACCUCCCAGUGGUAAAAGCACUCCCGUCAACAUGCCUGGAGGAGCGGGCGACUUGGCCAAGCCCUGCGACCCCUUCCAGCCGUUCGGCAGUGAUGCCAUCGACCCCUUUCAGAGUAAAAAGGUGGUCGGAGACCCCUUUAGUGGCAAAGACCCUUUUGCUCCUUCUGCCUCAAGUAAAGCCUCUAAAGACUCUUCCUUGGGUUUUGCAGACUUCAGUUCUUUUGGAAAUGAGGCCCAGCAACUGGAGUGGGCGAAGCGAGAGAGUGAGCGAGCGGAGCGGGAGCGGCUGAAGAGACUCCGGCAGCAGGAGCAAGAGGACUUAGAGCUGGCCAUCGCUCUCAGCAAGGCCGAGAUGUCCCACGGGUGACCUGGACUGGACUUGACUGGACACACACACACAUCCCACUGGACAAAAACUGGUUGAAUCAACGUUGUUUCCACAUCAUUUCAACAACAACAAAAAAUCAAUGUGAUGACAUUAAAUCAGCGUUGCAAACUCA